AUCUGUGAUUACUGAUGUAAGAAUCAUCGUCCAAGUUUUUUUUAUGUACUCUAUAAUGAUUGUUGAAGUUAUAACAUUUUUUAUUUGAAUAGAAACAAUUUAGUUGUAUAGAUUAGCAAUGGUGUAUUCUCCAAAAGCAUUCAGUUGUAGUUUUACUUUUUAUUUCUGAACAAAGUACCUAGUAUUUUUUUUUAAUGCCACCUUGAAUCGUGUUAGAUUUCUAUUUCUGCUAUAGUAGUCGCAGCAGGAGAUAGUGUCAAAAUUAGUGACGUCACACGUUUGUAAUACGUAGUAUGUAAGAAGACAGAGUACUUACUUUCGCAGUGUGUCUACUGUCCGCAUCGAAAGUAUUCGGAAGUCGGAAGCGGAAAUUUAGAACGCCAUUAGCAGUACUGCAGUAGUUUAAUACUAGUGUAUGCGUGUGUAUUAACAGCAGAAACGGAACGUAAAUUAUAAAUUGUGUCGCGUAAACAAUAUUAAAUAAGAUAUUUGAUCUGUGAAAGCAUCAAAUAAAAACGUCAAAAUGGGUAAACGUCAACAUCAAAAAGAUAAAAUGUAUUUAACAUACACAGAAUGGACAACAUUAUAUGGCGGAAGGAAGACUGGAACUAAUGAAUCGAGCGAAGACACAACGUUCCGUCGUUUGCCUUACGAUCAUUGUUGUUUAACUUUACAACCCUUCGAGCAUCCCUAUUGCGAUACAGAUGGAAAUAUUUUUGAAUUAGAAGCAAUAUUAGAAUACAUAAAAAGAUACAAACAUAAUCCUGUUACAGGAAAGACAUUAGAUCCAAAGACUUUAAUAAAACUUAAAUUUUUUAAGAAUAUGGAAGGACAGUAUCACUGUCCGGUAUUAUUUAAACUAUUUACUAAACAUUCUCAUAUCGUUGCUAAUAAAACAACCGGAAAUGUGUUUUCAUACGAGGCAGUAGAACAAUUAAAUAUAAAAACACGUAAUUGGAAAGAUUUAGUGAACGAUGAACCUUUCACGAGGAAGGAUAUUAUUGUAAUCCAAGAUCCAAACUAUGCAACAAAAUUUAAUUUGUCUACAUUCCAUCAUAUUAAGAAUAAUAUAAGAGUCGAAGACGAAGAAACUAUAAAGGAACGAAGUAACCCAAAUGCUAAAUUGAAAACCGUAUCUAUGGAAACUAAAGAAAUAUUAGCAGAGUUGGAUAGAGAUUAUAAACAAGCUGAAACCAAGCAUGAAAAUUCUAAACCAAAAGCAGAUAAAUUUAAUGCUGCACACUAUUCUACCGGUGCUGUAGCAGCUGGUUUUACAUCAACGGUAAUGCCAACAGAAACCAUGCAUCAGGCAGCAGUUAUCGCGGAAGAUUUAGUACGAUACGAGAGAGUUAAAAAGAAAGGAUACGUCAGGAUAGUCACCAAUUAUGGUGCUUUAAAUUUGGAACUACAUUGCGAUCUCGUUUCAAAAACUUGCGAAAAUUUUAUAAAACAUUGUCAGAACGGAUACUACGAUGGUACAAAAUUUCAUAGAUCCAUACGAAAUUUCAUGAUACAAGGAGGCGAUCCCACGAACACUGGUAAUGGAGGAGUAUCUAUUUGGGGUAAAAAAUUUGAAGAUGAAUUCAAGCCAAAUUUGAUUCAUCAAGGAAGGGGUAUUCUAUCUAUGGCGAAUUCUGGACCAAACACAAAUGGAUCACAAUUUUUUAUUACGUUCCGAUCGUGUAGACAUCUAGAUCGCAAACAUACUGUUUUUGGAAAAAUAGUAGGCGGACUAGAAACGUUAAAUGCCAUUGAAAAGGUCGAAGUAGACAACAAGGAUAGACCGAUAGAAGACAUAACGAUACAGAAAGCUCAAGUUUUUGUGGAUCCGUUUCAAGAAGCUGACGAGCAGUUGAUCGCUGAACGUGCAGCUGAAGCAGAGCGAUUGGCGCAAGAAGAAAUAAAAAAUAAAUCUCUCGACAACUCGGAGAAAAAUGAGUUAAAAGUGUAUAGAUCUGGUGUAGGAAAAUACAUCAGAACGAUCCAAGGAGAAGAUAAAAUGGGCAAAGGAGAGAGCAACAACGAGCCUAUGAUAAAAAAGAAAAAGUUCAUGGCAAACUCGUUUGGUAAUUUCUCUUCUUGGUAGAAUAGUUGUAUGAAUUUUAAUUGUAAUUUUUUGUUAAAAAUGUAAAAUGUUUUGGCAAUUAUGUAUUACAAAUUGUACGACAAAUAAACUACCGAUUACAUUUAUUACCGCUAUUACCGUCACGUUAAAAAAACAAAGUAU